CCCCCCCCCCCCCCACCACCUGGGCCUGGCUUUAUCCCAGGACCUGGGCACUGCAGGGAGUAAGCGAGGACAGCAGGUGGACAGCGGCGGCAGCCAACAGCACUGCCCUGUGCCUCUCGGCCCGCCAUAUGCCCCCACAGGGCCAUGCUGAGGGCCAUGAGGCUCUGGUGCCUAGAGAGUUACAGCUGGGGCCCCUCCCAGUCUCCAGGGUACCGUCCCUUAGCAACAGCCCGGCCCGGCAGGACACACUGCCAACGCUGGGCAGAGCAGGCAGAAGGCAGAAGGCAGGCGGAGCAGCUAACCGGACUCCAGGACAGACGAAGGCCAGAUCUCUCUCCCAUCCAGCAGCCCAGGGAGCCCUGACCCAUCAUGGAUGCUGUGGACGCCACCAUGGAGAAGCUCCGGGCCCAGUGCCUGUCCCGAGGGGCCUCAGGCAUCCAGGGUCUGGCCAGGUGAGCUGUCCCCUCACACCUCCCCAACCCCCCGGAUCACUUUCCAACCACGCUCCCUGCCCACGCCCCCUGCCCCCCAGGUUUUUCCGCCGCAUGGACCGGGACAGGAGCCGGUCCCUGGACGCAGGGGAGCUCCAGCGGGGCCUGGCCGAGCUGGGGCUGGUGCUGGACACAGCCGAGGCGCAGGGCGUGUGCAGGCGCUGGGACCGUGACGGCAGUGGGACGCUGGACCUGGAGGAGUUCCUGCGGGCACUGCGGCCCCCCAUGUCCCAGGUCCGGGAGGCAGUCAUCACAGCCGCGUUCGCCAAGCUGGACCGCAGCGGGGACGGCGUGGUGACUGUGGAUGACCUCCGGGGGGUGUACAGCGGCCGCGCCCACCCCAGGGUGCGGAGCGGGGAGUGGACGGAGGAGGAGGUGCUCCGCCGCUUCCUGGACAACUUUGACUCCUCCGAGAAGGACGGGCAGGUCACGCUGGCCGAGUUCCAGGACUACUACAGUGGCGUGAGCGCCUCUGUGGACACGGAUGAGGAGUUUGUGGCCAUGAUGACCAGCGCCUGGCGGCUGUGAGCGGUGCACACCCACUCGGCUGGCACCAUGCAGCGAAGCCAGGCAGCGCCCGGGUGGGGAAGCAAACUGCUCUUCUGUGACGCAAGGCUCUGCACGGAGCGGCCGGUCUUGGAAGGCAGCCGAGCUUGGUCACCUGCCCAGGUGUGGAGUGCGGGGCAAGCCAGGCUGCUGAGGAACCGUUCCUGGCCAGGUUGCCUGGCUUCCUGAGGCCCCUGGGGCAUGCGGGAGGCCAGAGUUUUAGUUAAAAGUUUUAAUGUAGUUCCCAAAUACAUUUCAUAUGACAAUCUUACAUAAAUGUUCCAAAACA